CUGUGACCUUUCGCCCCUGAGCUUCUUUCUUCUUCGGGCAACCGAGCUUCCUGCCCCGAGGAAAUCAACUACCAGCAUGAACCCCUUUCGCGUGCUGUCGACAAAGGACUUUGAUCCGGAGAUACCAGGGUACCGCAGGCGGGUCAAGCACGCCAAGUCCACGACAGGAUGCAUCAUGUGCAAGGCGAAGCGAGUCAAGUGCGACGAGGCCAAGCCUGUCUGUGCCCGAUGCCACAGGAACCGCCGGGUCUGCCGUUACCCACAAGCGCCGGCUGGCGUUCUCGCCAUGCCCUCGCCCCCGUCCUCGGAUGACGACGUGCCCGGCACGCCCAGCAGGCAGCUGCUCCAUCACUGCCAGACACACUGGGCGGACAUAUUCCCCGGCUUCGACCAGAACGAGGCGUUCCUGUCCACCUUCAAAUCAAGUCCCCUCGUCCGCAGCGUCUGCCACGCCAUCGCGGCUUCGCAUCUGCGAUUUGUCCACCCACCCCACCAGCCACAUGUGCUUGCCGAGUAUUCCCACCGCGCCGUGGCCCUGGACGCGUAUAAGCAGCAGCUCGGUCUGACGGCCGCGCAGCUGGGCCAGUCUGGUGUCAACGCCAUGCUGCUCGGGGCCAUGCUGUUUAGCCUGCUUGCAUUCCCCCUGUCGCCAGCCGAGCAUGAAGCGAGGGCCGUGAGCAGCAGGAGUCCCUGGCUGACCCGCGACCACGACGCAGAUCUAGGCUGGCUCACCUUCCAGGCCGGCGUCGGCCCGCUUAUGAGGUCGGUGCUCAGAUAUCUCCCGCGGGCAUGCCAGUUCCUCAUCACCAUCUUCUCGCCACAAGCCGGCGGGGCCAUGUUCCCAAACGUGGCGCUGCAGCCGCCGCCCGUGCCGAGGCUGUGGGCGCAGUUCUUUGAGCUCGACGAGGAGGACCUCUUUGCGCAGAGCUCUGUUCCUGCCACCGCUUCGUCAUCAUCAACUCCGACCUCGGGCCCUCCUCCGCUCGCGUCCAGUGUCCGCCUCCUCGUGCGCAUGACGGCGCUGGUCCGCGGCCUGGAACCCACGCCCGCCAACUCGGUCGCGUACCUCUCCUUCAUGUUCAAGGCGCAGCGUGAUUUCCGCGCGCUGCUGCUCACCGAGCACCCCCGCGCGUGGUGGCUGUACGGGUACUGGGCGGGCCUGAUGCGGCGGUUCCCAAAUCUGUGGUGGUGUCGGGAGCGUGCGGAUGGGCAGUACGCCUCUGUAAAGGAGUGGCUAGCCAGAGUGGAUGUGGACCGAAAGGACAGGAAGAUUUGGGGGCAAAUGAUGGACGAGUAUCACGCGGCGAGCGAGUAUCCGCCGCCGGAGCUAGAGAUGGUGUUUCCCCCCGAUGAGGAGGAGGCGGAAGAGUAGAAGUCCGGGAGGCAGAAAUAUAA